AUGACAAGUGAAAUCUUUGAGCUGAAGGCCGAGCUGAACAAUGAGAAGAAGGAGAAGAGGAAAGAGGCAGUGAAGAAAGUCAUUGCAGCCAUGACAGUGGGCAAGGAUGUCAGUUCCUUGUUUCCAGAUGUGGUAAACUGCAUGCAGACCGAUAACCUGGAGCUGAAGAAACUGGUUUACCUGUACCUUAUGAACUAUGCCAAGAGUCAACCUGACAUGGCCAUCAUGGCCGUUAACAGCUUUGUCAAGGACUGUGAGGAUCCAAACCCUCUGAUCCGAGCUCUGGCUGUGCGUACAAUGGGCUGUAUUCGUGUGGACAAGAUCACUGAGUACUUGUGCGAGCCUCUGCGAAAGUGUCUGAAGGAUGAAGACCCCUAUGUGAGGAAGACCGCUGCAGUGUGCGUGGCCAAACUGCAUGACAUCAAUGCACAGAUGGUGGAGGACCAGGGCUUCCUGGAUUCUCUCAGGGACCUGAUCGCUGAUUCCAACCCCAUGGUUGUGGCUAAUGCAGUUGCUGCCCUGUCUGAGAUCAGCGAGUCUCACCCCAACAGCAACCUUCUGGACCUGAAUCCUCAGAACAUCAAUAAGCUCCUGACAGCCCUCAAUGAAUGCACUGAGUGGGGUCAGAUCUUUAUCCUGGACUGUCUCUCCAACUACAACCCCAAAGACGAGCGUGAAAUCUUUGAGCUGAAGGCCGAGCUGAACAAUGAGAAGAAGGAGAAGAGGAAAGAGGCAGUGAAGAAAGUCAUUGCAGCCAUGACAGUGGGCAAGGAUGUCAGUUCCUUGUUUCCAGAUGUGGUAAACUGCAUGCAGACCGAUAACCUGGAGCUGAAGAAACUGGUUUACCUGUACCUUAUGAACUAUGCCAAGAGUCAACCUGACAUGGCCAUCAUGGCCGUUAACAGCUUUGUCAAGGACUGUGAGGAUCCAAACCCUCUGAUCCGAGCUCUGGCUGUGCGUACAAUGGGCUGUAUUCGUGUGGACAAGAUCACUGAGUACUUGUGCGAGCCUCUGCGAAAGUGUCUGAAGGAUGAAGACCCCUAUGUGAGGAAGACCGCUGCAGUGUGCGUGGCCAAACUGCAUGACAUCAAUGCACAGAUGGUGGAGGACCAGGGCUUCCUGGAUUCUCUCAGGGACCUGAUCGCUGAUUCCAACCCCAUGGUUGUGGCUAAUGCAGUUGCUGCCCUGUCUGAGAUCAGCGAGUCUCACCCCAACAGCAACCUUCUGGACCUGAAUCCUCAGAACAUCAAUAAGCUCCUGACAGCCCUCAAUGAAUGCACUGAGUGGGGUCAGAUCUUUAUCCUGGACUGUCUCUCCAACUACAACCCCAAAGACGAGCGUGAGGCCCAGAGUAUCUGUGAGCGUGUGACCCCACGUCUCUCUCAUGCUAACUCGGCUGUGGUGCUGUCAGCAGUGAAGGUACUGAUGAAGUUUUUGGAGCUCCUGCCCAAAGACUCUGAUUACUACAACACUCUUCUGAAGAAGCUCUCUCCUCCCCUCGUCACGCUGUUGUCUGGGGAACCCGAGGUCCAAUAUGUGGCCUUGAGGAACAUCAACCUUAUUGUGCAGAAACGGCCUGAGAUUUUGAAGCAAGAGAUCAAAGUGUUCUUUGUCAAGUACAAUGACCCCAUCUAUGUCAAACUGGAGAAACUGGAUAUCAUGAUCCGCCUGGCCUCUCAUGCCAACAUCGCCCAGGUAUUGGCUGAACUGAAAGAGUAUGCCACUGAAGUGGAUGUAGACUUUGUUCGGAAAGCCGUUCGAGCCAUCGGCCGUUGUGCUAUCAAAGUGGAGCAAUCUGCUGAGCGCUGUGUUAGCACUCUGCUGGACCUCAUCCAGACUAAGGUCAAUUACGUCGUGCAAGAGGCCAUUGUGGUCAUCAGGGACAUCUUCCGCAAAUACCCCAACAAGUAUGAGAGCAUAAUUGCCACUCUGUGUGAAAACCUGGACUCUUUGGAUGAGCCAGACGCUCGAGCUGCCAUGAUUUGGAUUGUGGGUGAAUAUGCUGAGCGUAUCGACAACGCUGAUGAGCUCCUGGAGAGUUUCCUUGAGGGCUUUCAUGAUGAAAGCACUCAGGUGCAGUUGACUCUGCUGACAGCCAUAGUGAAGCUGUUCCUCAAGAAGCCCUCAGAAACUCAGGAGCUGGUUCAGCAAGUGCUCAGUCUGGCCACUCAGGACUCCGAUAACCCUGACCUGCGUGAUCGUGGCUACAUCUACUGGCGUCUGCUGUCCACUGACCCUGUGACUGCUAAAGAGGUUGUGCUGUCUGAGAAGCCUUUGAUUUCAGAGGAAACAGACCUGAUCGAGCCCACCCUGUUGGACGAGCUCAUCUGCCACAUCGGCUCGCUGGCCUCUGUCUACCACAAACCCCCCAAUGCAUUUGUGGAAGGAAGCCAUGGCAUUCACCGCAAAGGGCUUUCAUGA